AUGUCGUCUCCAAGCCCCAUCCCGCCUCCAAACGACCGGCGGAGCUCGCGGUCCUCGAGCAGUGCAGCGCCAUAUGCCGGCGACGGAAUACUGGUCGGUGGCCCUCCUGGCAGCCCUUCGCCGUUGGCUCUGCGAGCAUCCAACUCACCCUCCUCGAGGCGUCGACACAGCCGAAUCGUCAAGACGCCCCCUGAAUUCCAGUCGCUCGAUUAUGUAUCCGCGCCCGACAGCAACCUUGUUUGCUUGAUCUGCCAUACGCCCUUCGAUAAGCCUGUCCAGCUCUCAUGUGAGCACUACUUCUGCCGAGAGUGUCUCGACCAUGCAUGGGCUCCGCAGGCCAGUGGACGCAAGACGUGCCCUACGUGUCGCAACAAAGUAGAGACAGACAAGGACAUUCGACCCGUACCCAAGAUCAUCGAGACUAUGCUGGACGAGCUGGUGGUCAAGUGUCCGAACACAAAGGCAGGCUGCACCUGGACUGAGCACCGCGUCAACGUCAACGACCAUGUCAUGUUGUACUGCGAAUACACACCCGUCGAAUGCUCCGGUACAGACUGCCGCCUGCAAAUCUCCCAGAAGGAUUUUCACAAGGGCUGCUUGCAUUAUACUGUGAGCUGCGAUGACUGCCAUGCCUCCUUGAUGAAGAAGGACCUUGAGGAGCAUAAACGAAACAUUUGCGCCAACCGUAAGACCUCAUGCGCAUUGUGUUCGGUUGAAGUACUUCGACUGGACCUCAAAUCCCACAUCAACAAAGACUGUCCUAAGCACGUCAUCUCUUGUCAGGGCACAAUUGUUGGCUGUAAGUUCACGGCGGAACGCGCAGAAGUGGUGCUUCACGAGGUGAAUUGUGCCAUGGCAACAAUGGCACCUCACUUUCGUGAACAGCAAGCCCGCAUCGAGAGGAAUGAAGCGCGUAUGGAACCAUUGGCCAGGAAGGUCGGCAUUCUUGAGGAUGGGCUCACCAACAUCACCAACAUGCUGUAUCCAGCCAAUUCAAACGACCAAUCGUUCCCCGUCACCGAUCCCUUGGAUCCAAAUGAUACCGAUCCCCAAGCACCGACGCCCGAUUUCCGCCUACCACCAGCCUCAUUUCCACCUGUUCCACCAGGGAAUGAAGGUGCCCCCACUCAGCCUCCUUUUGACUCACAAGUCCACCAUCUCCUUACGCUGCACGACUCCCUUCGCGAGGAAGUGUCUCGCAUUGCCAACGCCCUCACUGAUCUCGAUGGCCGCACCAACAUGAUGAUCAUCAAUGAGAGUCAGCGAGCAAAAGACGAAAUGUUGCAUGCCAAUGCCGCCAUCAGUAGUCUGCGUAUGCACCUGCAGUGGCUAGUUAGCGCAACUAUACACCAGCGCACCACUUCGGCCGGUAGCUCUCCGGCUAAGACCGCUGGUAGCACAAAUGUCAGUGCAGGCGGCAGCAGUGCGACACGAGCUACUAGUGCCAGACCUGGACCCAGUGCAACGUUACAGGGCCCUUUUCGGAGACUUAGCGACUCAACCAGGCAGGACACCAAACUGUAA